UGGAAAUCUGAUUUCCCUGAAAGUAUUUACACUGUCUUCACAUGCAUUAAUUUUCACUUGAGUUGUGUGAUGUCUUAUGGGUAUAAGCCAACAAGAAUAUGUGUGCAAGUAAAUGAUUUUCUGCUUUAAAUCUUUUUUCUUAGACUAUUCAGACCUCCAAGAGGAAAUCCGCAGAAAAGAUGACAAACUUCUUACCUUACUGAAAGAGGUUUAUGUUGAUUCCAGAGAUCCACCUGUACAAGUAAAAGAUGAAGUAAGCAAACUAGAUGUUCAGAAGAUCCCCAAAGGCAAAAUUUCUCUGGUGGAGGCUCUGACUCUUCUCAAUAAUCAUAAACUUUCUCCACAAAUAUGGACCGCAGAGAAAAUAGCAAAGGAAUACAGUCUAGACUUGAAGGAGGUCACUGCUCUCUUAGAAUUCUUCAUACCUUUUGAUGUAGAAAUCUCCCCUUCCAAAGACAAAGAAGCUUUAGAAAUUUCUCCUUCCAAAGACAAAGAAGCUUUAAAACCUUCUUAAUGGUGUUUUCCUUUGACACUUCUCAUACAGUUUGUGUAGGAAUUUGGUCACAUGCGCUUCAAGGUUGUCCUCUUGUAGCAAUAAGAUGCUUUAUUUAUAUGACUGCAUUCCGUGUGUGAUUGCUGCAUGGGGGGAAAAAAUGUAUUUGGUAUACUCUGGUUCAUAAUCUGUCUUACAUAUGCCUGAUAAGGAGAAAUCAGUGAAAUCUGUCCAGAACAAGAAAUGAGCCACUUAAAUUGUUCUGCUUGUUUGCGGAAAGAAUUUCUUUUUAAAUAAAUGUCACCUGUUACUGAGAAUCAAA